AUGAAAAGUAAAGAUCUCCAAAAUAUUGUACUUUCAAAGUACCAGAAUGGUGAUACUCCAACAAAAAAUUUUCGUGAUUUAAAUGGUGGAAUCGGUUUAAGAACAAUCAAACGAUGGUGCCAAAUGAUCCUUCAAUCGGGCUCUAUCACACUAUCAAGUCCACCAGGUUGUCCAAGUUUGGCCAGAACGAAAGGAAAUAUUCAAAAAGUAAAAAAUCGUUUACGCCGAAAAAAAAAGAGGCUGCAUCCCUAUAAAAAAAAAGUUGUCGAACCAUUACUUUCUGAUGAUCAAAAGAUCAAACGGGAAAAGUUUGCAAACUGGAUUCGAACAAAUUUUCGAAAAGAAGAAAGCAUGAGGAUUCUUUUUUCGGAUGAGAAGUUUUUUGACAUCGAUGGUGUGUAUAGCUCUCAAAAUGAUCGAGUGUGGGCAAUUGAUCGUGCUGAUGCCGAUAAAAAUGGUGUCAUUAAGCAAAAACGAAAGUUCCCACAGAAAGUAAUGGUUUGGUUGAGUGCCUGUUCCAAGGUGGUAACCCCCUUGGUGAUCCUGGAUGAAGGAACAGUCGAUCAUGCUGUUUAUAUCGAAAAAGUGCUUCCUGUUGCAUUAAAAUAUGGGAAUCAAGUUUUCGGUAGCGACUGGGUCUUUCAACAGGAUGGCGCCAAGCCUCACUCGCAUCAUUUGACACAGCAAUGGUGUCGAGACAACUUUCCAUCAUUUAUUGGCAAAGAUCGUUGGCCUCCAAAUAGCCCUGAUUUGAAUCCUUUGGACUAUUCAAUUUGGGAUGAACUUGUCAAUACUAUCAAUUGGAACAAAGUUCAGUCAGAAACAACAUUGAUUCAACAAAUAAAAUCAUCAUUUAAAACAUUCGUGAAUCAGUUGUUUUUGAAAGUUGUGCUAGCUUUACCAAUCGAUUGUAUCGUCUUUGUCAAAACGAUGGAAACUAUUUGCGCUAAUAAAAACAAUCCAGUUUUGUAG